UUCCCUCAUCCCUCCCUCUCCUUCUCCGAGCUCUGGUAGGCUUACAAUGGUUCGGCCAGCAUCUUGCAGCACAAUGGUUGCAAGGUGGUGAGCUGGGAGGGAAGAGUGAUUCAGCAUCAGCAAACCUCAGUUUCCGUCCAUUCCUGCUUCUUUUUUUUUUAGUUGGUUUUCUUUCUUCAUCGCUCGUUCGUCUUUAAGAAAAUAAAAGAGAAAAAAAAGCGCCUUUCGCUCACCCGCAUGAACGUGUUUAUUACGCCUCCAGCGAUGGUCACUGCAAUGUUUCUCGUCGGGAUGUUUUGAAAGGGACUGGCUCCGGACUGGGAUCGUCAUCAGCUGGCACGGAAUGGUAUUUAUGAGCAGACAUUUCUUAUAUAACUGCAGCCAACCAGUCCUGGAUGUAAAGAUAGCUUUUUGUCAGGUGUGUGUUCCUUACAGGUAAAAAAGGGUUUUGGCAAACAAGUGGAUGUGUCAUAUAUUGCCAAACAUUACAACAUGAGCAAAAGCAAAGUGGACAACCAGUUCUACAGUGUGGAAGUGGGAGACUCCACCUUCACAGUUCUAAAGCGUUACCAGAAUUUAAAGCCCAUUGGUUCUGGAGCUCAGGGAAUUGUCUGUGCGGGCUAUGAUGCUGUCCUGGACAGGAAUGUAGCCAUAAAGAAACUGAGCAGACCCUUCCAGAACCAGACCCACGCCAAGAGGGCAUACCGGGAGUUGGUGCUCAUGAAAUGUGUCAAUCACAAAAAUAUAAUCAGUUUAUUAAAUGUCUUCACGCCACAGAAAUCAUUAGAGGAAUUCCAAGAUGUGUACCUUGUGAUGGAGCUUAUGGAUGCCAAUUUGUGCCAGGUGAUUCAGAUGGAGCUUGACCACGAGAGAAUGUCCUAUCUGCUCUACCAGAUGUUAUGUGGUAUCAAACAUCUGCACUCAGCCGGCAUUAUUCACAGGGAUCUCAAACCAAGCAAUAUAGUGGUAAAGUCUGAUUGCACCCUGAAGAUCCUGGACUUCGGUCUGGCUAGAACCGCGGGCACUAGUUUCAUGAUGACCCCAUAUGUGGUGACGCGAUACUACAGAGCCCCAGAGGUCAUCCUGGGAAUGGGAUACAAAGAAAAUGUGGAUAUUUGGUCGGUGGGGUGCAUCAUGGGAGAAAUGGUGCGCCACAAAAUCCUUUUCCCUGGCCGGGAUUACAUUGACCAGUGGAACAAGGUGAUAGAGCAGCUGGGCACGCCCUCUCCAGAGUUCAUGAAGAAGCUGCAGCCCACGGUGAGGAACUACGUGGAGAACCGGCCAAAGUACGCGGGCCUCACUUUCCCCAAGCUCUUCCCCGACUGCCUUUUCCCUGCUGACUCUGAGCACAACAAACUCAAAGCAAGCCAGGCCAGAGACCUGCUGUCUAAGAUGCUGAUCAUCGACCCUGCUAAGCGGAUAUCAGUGGACGAGGCCUUACAGCACCCCUACAUCAACGUGUGGUACGAUCCAGCUGAGGUGGAGGCGCCUCCACCUCAGAUUUAUGACAAGCAGCUGGAUGAACGAGAACACUCUAUAGAUGAGUGGAAAGAACUAAUCUACAAAGAGGUGAUGAACUUUGAGGAAAGAACGAAGAAUGGCGUUGUGAAGGGACAGCCUUCACCUUCAGGUGCAGCCGUGAACAGCAGCGAGAGCCUCCCUCCCUCCUCCUCUAUCAACGACAUCUCCUCCAUGUCCACCGACCAGACCCUGGCUUCAGACACUGACAGCAGCCUGGAGACCUCCACGGGACCCCUGGGGUGCUGCAGGUGACUAUCCGCCUGCCUGCGCAACCCCAUGUUCUUCCGAAGGUGAAGAACCCAACAGAUAUGACCGACGAAAUUGAAUCGAGGUUUAAAAAAAUAAAGCAAAAAUUAAAAAAAAAAAAGAAAAAAGAAAGAUCAAAAUGAAUAUAUUCUGAACAAAAACAUAAACUAUUGAAACAGUCUGACAUGAUGAAACCCAAAGCCUGCGCAUUGUCAUUCAAAACGCAGCAGUGGCAUUAAACUGAAGAUAAUGAGCUGAGAUAUAUGUUACUGAUCCUCUAGUUGCUUUGCUUAUAACCCCUCACUCCUGAAACACGCACACAUACACGCCCACACAUGUCUUGUAUAUGGCAUCCAAACAAAAAACCCUGCGCCUCCUGUAAAAUGCAUUUUGGCCGGCUGCUGGUUCCUCCUAAUUACUUCCACAAGCAUCUGUGGCUAAUCGUUGUGGCAAGGUGGGCUGCCAUUGUCUUCAUCGCUUUUGGUUACAAAAGAAAUGUCCCUUUUUUCUGCAUUCAACUCUGAACCUCAACUCAUUUCCUGAGUCACUCCCACCCAACAUGAGUUUUGAAAUGUAACUUUGCCUGUACUGUUUACUGGAUUUUGUACAUCUUCAGGGAAUGUGCAGUCGCUCUCACCCACAACUACUUGUAAAUAUUGUAAUUCUGUACAGCUGAAGGGCAGACAGAUUUGGGACUGAAGGCCAGUACACUGGGAGUUUUUUUUGUCUUGUUUUUUUGUUCUUUGCCUGACUAGCGCUCACCUUGCCACAUUACUUCUCUCCACCUCAGUUGCCCCUCUGCCUAUCGCCGUAGUUGUGCAUGAUUAGAUUAAAACUGCGCAAAUCGCACUGUAUGCUAGAGAGAGAAAAAAACCAGUCUGUACAGUGACUUAUAUUCAUGUGAUAUGUAAACUAACUCCACCACAGACAUUAGAAGGCGGGGUCUGGUCUCAGUAGGACAGGGGUGUGUCUGUGAAACACGGGCAAGCUGAAAAGAUGGUAAAAUCAGGAUUGAAAUGGUCAGUGUUCUCAGAAAUCAUUUGCACUGGUCAUAAUCUCCAUGCUUUUUCCCCUGGUGGUGUACAAACGGUCCCAUCGUCACCACCACCCCAUGGGCUGACCCACGGCGUUGCAUGUCACUGUAUAAACCGUCAUGGUUGAAAGAAGUGGAAAUGUUUCACUGUGGUUCAACCACAGAGAGGCUUCUUCCAAAUAUUUGACUCCUUAAACACCAUUCAAUGAGACAAAGGUGAAACAGUGCAGAGGUUUAUGGUCAAACAAGGAGUGUUAACUUUGAAGCUGUGACUUCACCUGACAAAUAAACACGCUCUUAUUGUUACCGCACGCUACACAAUCAUACUCUAAAGAGGCAGCUGGUUAGGAUUCAACUGCCACAAUUCCUGACUGGAUGGCUCAUCUAUUUAUUUAUACCAGUGGGAGGAAUCUGAAUA